AUGGCGGCGCCCGGUGGUGGUGUGGAGGCGGAGGAGGCGGCGGAGGGCCCAGUUUUAGGCAGGCUGGAAGAGGAGGCGAGGAAGCGGCGGGAGAGGUUGAGGGCGCUGCGGCAGCGCACGCUUCAGAAUCAGGAGAGUGGUGAGCCUGAGAGCAAGAAGCUCAGAGAAGAUGAGGAAGAGGAGAGCAUCAAGCACAAGGAGAUCAAACUGAGAAACUAUGACCCUGAAGAUGAAGAGCUGAAGAAGAGGAAGGUGCCCCAAGCCAAGCCAGCCUCAGUGGAGGAGAAGGUGAAGGACCAGCUGGAAGCUGCCAAGCCCGAGCCCAUCAUCGAUGAGGUGGACCUGACAAACCUGGCCCCCAGGAAGCCUGACUGGGAUCUGAAGAGAGAUGUGGCCAAGAAACUGGAGAAGCUGGAGAAGAGGACCCAGAGAGCCAUUGCUGAGCUGAUCCGAGAGAGGCUGAAGGGGCAGGAGGAGGAGCUGGUGACUGCUGUGGGCUCAGCAAAGCAGGAGGGAAGUGACUCAGACUGAGGAGGUCCUCCCAGCAGCCUCAGCUGUGGGCUCUGCAGAUCUGCCCCUGCCUGCAGCACCAAUCCUGGCUCCUGGCUGGAGGCAGCUGCCUGGGAGCCCACAGAUCCAGCCAUGCCUGAAGGAGAGGGGCAGACCCAAGCAGCCCUCCUGGACUCUGCCUGCAGGACACUUCCUGGAGAGCUUCUGGGGACCCUGGGGGCUGCUGGGAGCAGAGCAGACACCCACCUGAGCUUGCACCUGGGCUGCCAGCACCUGAGCCAAGCAGAUGUGGGCAGAAGGGCCAGGCAGGGGGAAGCCAGGCUAACUCUCCUCUUGCUUGUGGGGUGAGCAAGAAGA